AUGGCUACUGUUCCGUAUACAGAUCAAGCUCUUGUUAAUUUACCUGCAUCAUUCGAUAUUGCUCGUCGUGAUGAUUUCUUUGGUUAUUCUAAUCCAAUGCAAGCCAUCCAAUCAAUUGCUCCAACACCAAGAAAUCCUGAUGGUACUAUCCAACGACCGACUCAAAUUGUAACUGUUAGUGGUGGAGCUAUUCCACCGGAACUAAUAUUAGAAUCAUCAGGUGGAACAUUUUUUGAUAUGCGUCCACCAAGUGAAAUAUUUGCUGAUAUGGAUGCACGAUUAAAUCGACAACGACAAAAUGUUCUUAAUUCACCACAAAUGUGGCAAAUGCUCCAACAACCACCACGAAAAUAUUAG